AUAUAGGUGCAGAUCAUGGGUGGCAAUGUUGAGAAUCCUGUAAACUGUAGGGUUCAAUUUGUUAGAGACCUUUUGGUUUUUGGCCAAUUCUGUGUUGCAGAACAAAAGAGAAGCAAAGGCUUUAGAUUCCCAUCGCCAAAACUCACUCUUCACCAAAAUCGCAGCCCAAAACGAAUCGUGAAAAUGGCCCAGACUGCCCAAAACCCGGUGAAGCAGCAAUUGAAAAUCGUUGUACCCAACAAACAUGGUGAAAAACUUGUGGGCUUAUUACAUGACACAGGUUCUGGGGAGAUUGUAAUCUUAUGUCAUGGUUUUCGAUCCUCAAAGGAGACAACUAGUAUUGCAAACAUUGCUGUUGCAUUGGAGAAUGAAGGAAUUAGCUCCUUCCGUUUUGACUUUGCUGGAAAUGGGGAAAGUGAAGGUACCUUUCAGUAUGGUCAUUAUCGUAGAGAGGCCGAUGACUUGCAUGCUGUAGUCCAACACUUCUAUGGGGCAAAUCGUGUACCAAGUGCAAUCCUUGGGCACAGUAAAGGAGGUAAUGUUGUGCUCCUAUAUGCUUCCAAGUAUCAUAACAUUCCUACCGUUGUCAAUGUUUCUGGGCGUUAUGAUAUGAAGAGAGGCAUUAAAGAACGCUUGGGAGAUGACUUUAUGCAAACAAUCAAGAAGGAAGGAUUCAUUGAUGUUCAGAAUAAGAGAGGAAGUUAUCGUGUGACUGAGGAAAGUUUGAUGGAUCGCCUAAGUACAGAUAUGCAUGAAGCAUGCCUUCAGAUUGACAAAGAUUGUCGGGUGUUAACUGCCCACGGGUCUGCUGAUGAAAUCAUCGGUGUUGAAGAUGCAUUAGAGUUUGACAAGAUUAUACCUAACCACAAAUUACAUAUCAUAGAGGGAGCUAACCAUAACUACAGCUCACAUCAAGCCGAGUUGGCAUCAGUUGUUGUGGACUUCAUAAAGACAUGUCUGCAGCAGGACAAGGCUACUGCUUAGUUGGUCCUUCUACACCAAUAAGUAUACUACUUGCCUGGUGGUUGGUUCUUUCGAUCCGCUGAAGUGAUAACAAAGUCGGUCAUUUCAGUUUCUAAUAUCGACUAUUGAGGGACUUACCUCGACGUCCAUAACUUGGUCGGCCGAAUUGGUGCCGUGCCGGAGAAAUGAGAUACUUUGUGACCUCAAUUAUGGUUAAAAUUACAAUCUAAUUGUGUAUGCAAAUCAAUGUUAUAGGGAUUGUCUUAUAAACGUCACACAUCAGUUAACAAACAAUA